GAACAAAGCUCGACAAUGCAGUGCGAUCAAAUCAAGAAGCGAAACGGUCCAGUGCCCUGCCCACUUCAACUCACAUGAGAGCCUGGUGAUUUCCGGAUAUCGCAAAACGCGGACAGUAGCUCAUUAUUAUUACGUUUCUCCACUUCGGAUUAUUGUGAAAAAUGUUCCUAACGGCUCCACCUUUACCCACUGUGUAUUUUCACCAGCUGCAUGGGCCUGUUUUAUUAAUGGCACUGUUAGUAUAAAAAUAGCUGCAGCCACAGUAGCCCGCAAGCAGAGGAAGUGAAAAAAAUUGCACGCUUACAAGCGCUUCCUGGUAGGUGACGCCACUCUAGCCAAUCAAGAGCAAGAGCGCGCAAAUCUUUGUCGCGGAUUGGUCAACUGCGCAUCGCCAACGUAUAAACUGAAACAGCUGCGCACUUUUAUUCCUGCAGCUGACGCCGUAAAAACUUGGAGCGCAGGUUUUUGUUUUUUUUUUUGUGCACGGAGUCUUGAAGGCUGACCAGGAAGAGAGGCUCAUUUUGUGCAAUGGCUGUUGUGUACGGUGGCGUCGAGGGUGGAGGAACCCAUUCAAAAGCAGUGCUGAUUUCAGAGGCUGGGCAGAUCCUGGCCGAGACAGAAGGCCCUUGUACAAAUCACUGGCUGGUCGGCACUGAAAAAUGCUUGGAAUCCAUCAACGUGAUGCUUGUAAAAGCUAAAGAAAAAGCUGGGAUUGAUGCUGGCACUCGCCUCCGUGCUGUGGGAAUGUCCCUCAGUGGAGGUGAGCAGGAGGAAGCCAUCCAGAAACUGAUUGAAGAAAUGAAAAUGCGAUUCCCCACACUUAGUGAAAGCUACUUCAUCACUACAGAUGCAGUUGGAGCAAUGGCAACAGCUAGUGAACAUGGAGGUGUGGUGCUGAUUUCAGGCACUGGAUCAAACUGCAAGUUAUUAAAUCCAGAUGGCAGCCAGGUGGGGUGCGGUGGAUGGGGCCACUUAAUGGGAGAUGAGGGCUCCGCUUACUGGAUUUCACACCUGGCAGUGAAGACCGUCUUCGACAUCUGUGAUAACUUCAGUGUGUCCCCUCAUGGUAUUGACUUUGUACAGCAAGCAAUGUAUGAUUACUUCAAGGUUUCAAACCGAAUGGGAAUUCUUACUCACCUCUACAGAAGCUUUGAGAAAUCCAAGUUUGCUGGAUUCUGUCGAAAACUUGCUGAAGGAGCUCAGGAAGGAGACCCCCUCUGUCAGCAGGUUUUCAACCAAGCGGGGCAAGUGCUUGCUAAACACAUUGUCGCUGUCCUACCCAAAGCACACAAGAGUCUUUUUGAUGGAGAGCUGGGAUUACCCAUUCUAUGUGUUGGUUCAGUGUGGAGAAGCUGGCCCUUCAUGAAGGAAGGGUUCAUUGAAGUUCUAGCCAAAUCUGCAUCCUCCUCUUUCGUCCGGUUCAGCCUCUUGACCUUGAAGCACUCCUCAGCAGUGGGUGGCGCUAGCCUGGGUGCUAGGCGCAUUGGCCAGAGGCUGCCUCUUGACUUUGCUGCCAAUGUAGAAAUCUUCUACACGCAUACUUUCAAUGGGCCAGGAGAUGGACCCUGAAGAACUGGCAUGGGGUUGGUGGGGUCUUAUACUGUUAGCCAUUAACAUUUGGACCAAACACAAAUUCUUAAAUUACUCAUUAGACAUCCAAGCGUUAAGCUGUCAGUGGGGACGCAGCCGCCUUUUAAUUCCGAGUCAGAACUUGAGAAAUGUCUCAACGGUUUUUCUUUUUUUCCCAACAUGUCCUCCACCAAUUUUAAAAAAUGUUUAAAUAUGUAUAAUUAGUGACUGCGUUUAAUAAUUGGUAGAGAUCCUCUUUGGGUGCAAUCAGGAAGAAAUUUUUUUUUUUUUUAUAUAUACAAAACUUCAACAGACGGUGCUCAUUCUGGUAUUGAAAGAAAGCUAAGCCAUACACAAGUUCUCUUGCAUUAGAUCUUCUUAAUACAAUUGGAAAAUUGGCCACCAUUGCUUCUCUGAAAGGUGCUGACCAAGCAGUAAAAUCUUUGGAGCUCUUAUUUAGAGUUCAGUCCAUUAAUUAAUCAGUUUUGGUGUUUGUCCAUUUUGUUCUCCAGCAGUUGUACCCUUUGGCAUUGUCUAGCCUGAUGCUGCCACGUGUUGUUUUUAUUGAACUCUUUGGACAUCCACCUAACAACGUAGCCUAACCUGUCUCAGGCAGAAGGCUGGAUGCUUGUCCAUUUCAUAAGCUGAUUUCUGCAGUCUGCAUGUCUUCAGCGGGUGGGAGGAAACUCACAGGAGCACAUGGAUAAUAGGAGAAGGUGCAGAGUACACAUGGAUACAAAACUGGCUUAAACAGCUGACUUCACCUGGCAGUGCUGGCAUUGGGGUAAUUGUGCUGUUGGGCAGACCUGCAGGAUGCUGUGUAAAGAGGGCUGGGAUAUCCCACACUUGUCACCUUCUCAGAUCCAAAAGUUUGCAUAAUUGGAACCAAAUUCCUCAAAUCGCCUACCAGUGACUGUCAGUGAACAGACCUGUGGGCUCCUUUAACUCAAGUGAACUUUGUGUCAUAUUUUGCAAACGUUCACAAUCAGCUGGUGAGCUUUUAUGUAGAAAUUUCAUGAUAACGUCUCUAAAGGUGUUUUGGAGCUUUAUUUUAUUGAUUGAGCUACUCUUGAUGCUGCUGAUUGUCAGCUACUUUUGCAGAAGGUGUUAAGUUUGUAAUAUUUUGAAAAGUUUUAAAAUGGUCUCAAAUGCUUCUAUGUAGCAUUGUGAAUAUAACAGAACUAAAUAUGAAUUAUACAAAUAAGCAAAAUUAAUAUGAAUUUGUAAAAGACACACCCCUUCAGGGCAGUCACGGUCAUAUCAGAGCUACUUAAAUUGGGAUGAGGGCCGAAGCACAUCUGUUAACAUCUCAUGCAGAAAUCUGUCCUGCUCCCAUUUCAUGAAUGAGACCCAUUGUGGGUGCAGAUAUUGGGCAACAGUCGAUCCUGUCUGCUCUUUAGAUAUGGCCUCCAUUAGAGCUUAGUGUUUAUUCUGUGUCACCACUAGGAGAUAUCACUCAAAGAUCUUUACCUUCAUGCAUCGGUCCUGAGCGUCCCUGCUAAACUGAACUCUCGCAAGCCAUUUUCUGUUGUGCUGCUGUUUCUGUGAAACGGAGUGAUCACUGCAAAUGGGAAGGUGGAGAUUUGGUAAAUAAUAACCAAUCCUGACAGCAUUCAUCUUGGGGACUGAAUUUUAGAGAUUUAUGGCAUUAUUUUUAACAUUGAUCUACUAUUUAUUAUAUUAUUGAACCAUGUCUUGCUUUUGUAGCAAAAUUAAGGUGACAUCAUACUACACAGUAUGUGAUCCUUUAGUUCAGUCUACAGUUUGUUUUCAUCUUGCAUUUCAUUCAAGUUCUGUCCAAGCACAUUAAGUCUAAGAGCAACCAUUUAAAGGGAAAUCAGGAAAGCAAAAGGGCAUUUAGAGGGAAAUAACGUGGAUAGGCUGACCCAAAGUGAUGAUUGUUCUUAACUAAACAAGUACGAGGUGAAGUGUAUUCGGUAGGGAAGUGACAAAACCUACAAAUGAGCAUUGAUCUGAAAUUCAAUAACCUCCCACCAGUUACUUGAUGGUUUGGAAAUUGUAGAGAGAGAAGUGCUGCUUAGAUUAGUCAAACAGAUCACAAGGGGCCUUAUUUAUAAAGCUUGCACACACACACAAAAGCAGGCUUGAAAUACGUGAACGCAACUUUCAAUGCAAACAUCAGGAUUUGUGAAAGGAAACAUGAUGGGAGAACUUGUAUACGUCUGCACACACCAUUUUGGGGAGACUGAUAAAUGACAACGUUGAUCCUGAGGUAGGGAAAUGUAGCAAAAUGACAACCUGCAUGUGCAAUAAUUCAUAUUACUGAACUAUUAUUAUAACGGGUUGAUGUGACGAACAUAUUAAACCUCAAAUAUGAUGUACAGAUGUAUUUUAGUUCCCUUUUAAAAGGACAUAUCCUGUACAUUUGCACUGAAAAUGCAUUGUUAUCUUUUUAUGUCAGCUGCCUGUUGUCACUUCUCAGGAAACUGGCUGACAGGUCAGCAACAUCUCAACCAGGCUUCAAACCACCUUACUUGCUGUGCUGUACACCAUUAAGUGACCAGUGAGGCUCUACAUUCAGCUUUUAUUGGCUGUGGGUGUACAUACUGUACAUACAUUAGCGUCAGGUUCUCCUAACGUAACCCAAACACUUUACUGCACUUUCAUUUAAAUAAGAGACUCUAGUGAGAAUGAAGCUGCUUUUGUUAACUGUAAGUAGUGACACUUCAUUAACACACAAGUCAUUUGUGAUGCCAAGAUGAGACUGACAAGCGUUGUGGGUCGGUGGUCUGGGUCAGCCUGUGAUUCAUUGAUUUUUGAGGCAAAGCACCUUUGACUCACAGAGUGAUGCUGCGUGCGGUGGCCCGGUUGUUAGUAAGGUAACUGGCUGAUUGCUGUUUUUCAUACAGCCUGUGCUAUUUGUUGUAACAGCAAGCACAUUUCCAUGUGCCAGGCCAUAGUGAACAAAACUCUCAGAUGGUGGCACCUUGGGAUUUUUGCCCAUUCCCACACUGCAGAGGACAGGCACUAUAAUGUUGCCUAUGAUUUUGUUCUCUCAGUUGUAGAGCGCAGCCCGAUACUCUGAAGGCAGGUGGCGGGGUCUUGAUGUGUCAGGUGGCUCUGUCAGCCAAUGAGGUUCUGUAGCAUGAAGGAUUUACAGUAGAUGGAUGAGGCUCACUGACAGGCUCCUUCAUGGAUGUUUUAGGCCAACUGAAAUCUGUAAAGGCUAAACUGAGUACAAAUGUGCCAGGAUUUAUAGAUCUGAUUUUUUAUUUUUUUUGUAAUGUACAUAUUUUCAUGCUCUAAUCCACACUGUUUUAUAAAAGAGGCCCCAGGACUAGGUAAUAUUCAUCCCCGCGUGUUUAAGGUUAUUGAGUACAUAUAUAAACCCAAUAUAUUAUAACGGUUCUCUCUGGGAAUUCCUACAGCCACAAACACAUGUCCCAUCAUAUAGAAAGGGGAGCAGGCUGCUCCAAGUAGCUCCAGGCCAGUAAGAUAACAUACAUCACGGCUAAAUUAAUGAAAGGAGUUGUUAAGGGAAAGAUGGAGCAACAAAUGGCAGGUUGGGUGGGUCGUCGGUGUGGGCUCAGAUGGGGAGACUGUGUUUCAUUAAACUGCUGGAAUUCAAUGAGGAAGCAACAAAAGAAUACAAUAAGAUAGGUGGAUGUGGCACUGUGUGUGUGUUUUCUGAAAGUUUCUGAUUAAGUAACCUUGAGAGGAAUCAAAAUAGAUAGGAGAAGGUGCAUUGUAUACAUGGACACAAAAUUGACUUUAGAGACAGAGAAAUCUCUCAGGGAGUAUUGUUGUGGUUUUAUAUAUAUUAUAUACAUAAAAUGAACACUCUUGAUACAGAUAGAAGUAAAAAGAUGACUGUACAUUAUCUUGCCUUCCUCCAAGUUUAGUAUUACCUAAAAACAUAAAUCAGUUGAAUCUUCAUGGAUGAAACUGGACCAAGUACAGGCAUUGACUUAUAAAUGCAAGGUAAAUACAUGUAAAGUAAAAACUCCUGAUUUGAAUCCACAAUGGGAUGUCUGAAGGAGCCGAGAGGUGUAAUGGACUCAUUGCGAUGUUCAUCCAGACAGUGUUCGAAGGUCACGCUCUGGUGAGGCCUCAUCUGGAGUACGGUGUGCAGUUUUGGUCUUAACAUUACAAGAGGUUAGAAGAUGAGUGUGUGGAGUAGCAUUCGUGAGAGUUUGGGAAUCUAUUUGACAACUUGGAAAGGUAGUUUUAAAUGUUAUUUCAUCUGUCUCAUCACAUUGAUGAAUUAUUUUUGUAACAAUCAAAUUUUAAAAAGGACUGUUAAUGGAGUAUAUAAAAGAGGAUUUUAAAACA